GAGAAAGGAGCCCGUCUCUAGCCAGAAGAGUCAUUCGUCAACCGGAAAACAGCAGACGCAGGAAAGCGUAGAGUUCCUCAUAAACAUAAACAAUCAACCCCGACGGCAGAGAAAAUGGAUAACAACAAACGAACCGUGAUUGUAACAGGUUUUGGGCCUUUUGGGGAACAUAUGGUAAACGCCAGCUGGGUUGCAGUCCAGGAGCUACAGAAGCUGGGCCUGGGGAAGAAGGUUGACCUGCAUGUGAUUGAAGUUCCCGUGGAGUACCAGAAGGUCCAGAGCAUGGUCCCGUCUCUAUGGGAACAGUACCAUCCCCAGCUGGUGGUCCAUGUUGGUGUGUCAGGCAUGGCGACUACCGUCACACUGGAGAAAUGUGGCCAUAACUAUGGCUACAAGGGCUUGGACAACAGCAGGUUCUGUCCCGACUCACAGUGUUGCAUUGUGGGAGGGCCAGACUGCAUCCAUUCUGUUAUUGACAUGGAGUCUGUUUGCAAGAGAGUGAGUGCCUCUGGGCUGGGCGUCAGCGUGUCGGUCUCCAAAGACGCUGGCAGGUAUCUCUGUGAUUUUACCUACUACACGUCUCUGUACCUGAGCCAGGGGCGCUCCGCCUUUGUGCACGUCCCGCCAAUCGGGAAGCCCUACAGCGGGCUGGACCUGGGCCGGGCCCUGCAGGCCAUCAUCAGGGAGAUGCUGGAGACCCAGGACCAGGAGGAAGAGGAGAUCUGCUGUCAUCACCUACACUCCAUGACCUCAAGCUGAACCCUCCCCCAACCCUACUCCUGUCUGACCAGCCUUACACCAAGAAGAUGAUUGCACUUAAACCACAGCCGCAAACCACAACUUAAAAUACAUCAAUGCCAUCCACUGGUGAAUGGAGAGAUACUCUCCAUCGGAAUAGUACGCUGAAGAUAUUCCUCGUCUCGUUCACAUCAGUGGUGGCCUCUCGUUGCAACUGGAUCAGGACGUCGUUUGAAUCCUUCCCAUCUGGUGAACAGUGGACAGACAUGCCUUCAAACUGUGAUUUUAGUGACUUGAAAUUCAGAAUUUCAAGGUUUUGAACCCUACAAACAGCAGUGGCCUGAGAACACUUCCCAGAUUACUGUGGGACAAGAAGAAUUGUAGCACGGUCUCCGAAUUUGUUUUGAUACCAAGGAGCAACAUCUGCCAGCCCUCCUGAUAACCUUACAGCCUUAUUAUUACCUGGUUUCACAACCACUUUGGGGAUAUUAUGUUCUUACUUGUCUGUCGUAGGAUUGUUGUGGUGACUGGGAGGUAUUUUUACAGCUCCUCUCUGGAAUUGAGUAUGGUUUAACACUGGGUUUAUCAUUUUAGAUUCAUCUUCAUCUCUGUACCCCUUGAAGCCUUCUUCAAAUGUCACCCUCCCCUCUCCAAAGGUGCUCAUUGGUCAAAUGUUUUAAAGGUUUCAGGUAUACAUGUUUUUAACCUGCCAUAAUGAAACACAGUGACCCUCAUUUGAUCUCAAAUCCUGUAGGAUCGCCGUGGUGACCAACAUAUGGUUAAUGUUUCAUGAAAAGCGAUCGAAAACCUACGUGAUUCAUUCGAUGACCAAUGCAUCUGUUGUGUUUUUGUUUACAUGACAGAAUACACAGGCAUAUAUUUAUUUAGCAUUCUCAUUCCCCCUCCCCAAAUAUAAUCGUGUUGAUUUCCUGUUUCCUAAUUUAACAUUGAAUUGUUUUCUUAACCUUUUUUUCUUUAUAAGAAAUUCUUCUUCCCUUCUUUGACAAAGGAUCUUAAAAUCAGGGAGGAGGUCGGAUCCCGGUUCCCCCCCUCUCCCAAGUCCAUGCUAGAACCACCUCUGACUGAAAAACGGUUUCCCUUCCGAUUCCUCCCGAGAGAGAUCUGACCUUGAGCUGUGAAAUGGAGUCAGGGCUGCAUCUUAAAACAACGCUAUCACUAGUUUUAGAUACAGCUAUGGCUUCAGCAACAUUCGGGUCCCAGGGGCCAAACGACCUACAUUGUCCAUGCUUUAAUGUCAAAUAGUAUCCACAUUUAUAUUGGUAGAUAUUUUUUAUUACAUAUUUUAUUAGGUUAAAUAUUAAUUUAACAAGAUAUCUUAUGUAAUUAAAAUCUGAUUCCCAUUGCAGGACCUGCUCAAAAUGGUAACAAAAUUAAACAACAGAAACUUUCAGAGAGAAUUUCCUAAGCUAUUAGAUGGUUACCAGUGUAGUCACUCACCUGUAAAAGUUAGUUGGCUGAUGUGUUGGUUUAAAUCCGGCAGUCCUGUGUAAGAUUAGACUAUUACACUUUUAUGUAGUAGACUUCAUUGAAGCAGAUUGUGCUGCCUUUUAUAAGGUUCUGAUUCCAGAAGUCAAAUCCCACAGUUUAUCACGUCAGAGGUGGGCCUGCAAUUUGUGGGCCCCAGCACUUUCUUUUAACAAAAAUGUCCUAUUCUUUUAGUUUUUCAUCUGGACCGCUUUUUAUUUUAUCUUAAGUUUACUGUCACUUUUACUUCUAUAGUUUUCCAGAACUGGUCCUGUAUCAAAGAGUUUUAGUAUUUUCAGCAUUCACCAUUUAUCUACCAUGGAUCUGAAAUGGGAUGUUUAACUGGUUGAGAUGUCCCAGAAUGCCUAUUUUGAGGUGCUUUUCAUUCAAGCUCUUUGUCUUUGUUAUGUCAUUCAACUGGAUGUUCGGUGCCACCUUUCAAGAGGUUCUGAUGUCUAAAGAGCCUGAAUACUUACUUCAUUAAAGCCACGGUAGGCAAUUUGGAGAAACGAGACAAGAUUUUGAAAGUAUCAACUAAAAAGAUCCCACCCCUGCCUUCAGGCCUCCCUCCAAAGCCACUCUCUCAAAACACAUGGCUAGAUCGCUUGUUUUAUCUUGCUUUUGAAAGAUUUCGGUCAUAUGCAAUGAAUGCAGACCGGGAGGAUUGCCAUCCAAUCAUAUUAUUCUAUUGAAUUAAAUAGUUGGACAGGCUUAUUACAGGCCUGUGAUAGGGAUUUUAUUGAAUGCUGUCUGGAAGUAAAGACCAUUUAAUUUUUUUUCUUACAAAAUCUUCACAACUAUAUUGCCUAUCCUACCUUUAAUAUGGGAAACAGUCUUUUAACCUUCCACCACCGUCUUUUUUAUUUUGGAUUUAGAAUGCAGAUUUGGUUUUACAUACUUUACGGCCAAUCAUCUUGUGUUUGAGUAAGUGUGAAAUCUUAAUCCCUGUUCAGUGUUAUGUUAUUGAAAAUACUGUGGAAUUGUCAAUCAUGUCGAAAGUGCUUCAUAUGAUGCAACUAAACAAUAAUUAAAGGUUCACUUGGAAAGAUGUA